GAAAGACUUCAGUGGUGUAAACAAGACUUCUCCUCAAGAUGCAAGAACUGGUUGCUUUGAUUCUUCUUAGUACUGUUUGUAUUAUAGAAACUGCAGAAGUUCCUCAUUUGAUCUCCACAACUGAGAGUAAACCUGGUGAUAAUGUUACUUUUUCCUGUAAAUCGCCUACGGAUCACAGAUUCAGUCAGUGGUAUAAACAGUCUCCUGGAAAGAUGCUCCAAACAAUUGCUACAGGAGUUUAUAAAGCAAUUACAAAAACUGAGACAUUCAAUAAUACUCGUUUCCAAUUUCAUAGAGAAAACAAUGAGAUGUUUCUUACCAUACAUUCAGUUAAAAAAGAAGAUGAAGCUGUAUACUUCUGCCAGAGUGGAACUGAAUUUUUACUAACUGUUCAUAAUGGAUUCCUCUUGGAUGUAAAGGACUGUAAUCAACAGACAUCUGUCUAUGUGGAACAAACUCCAGAGGCUGCAGCGGUCCAGCCAGGAGACACCACGACUCUCCAGUGUUCCCUUUUUUCAACGAAUAGUGAAACAAGACCUCAGUGUCCAGAAGAAAACUUUGUUCACUGGUUUAAAUCUGGAUCUGGAAGCUCUUAUCCAAAUAUCAUUUACACUGCAAGGAAUUACACAGACGAUGCAGCGAAGAGAAGCUGUGUCUACCGCCUCUCAAAAACAUUAGAGAACUCCGCUAAUUUUGGAACUUACUACUGUGCUGUGGCCAUUUGUGGAGAAAUACUGCUAGGUGAUGGAAGUAAACUGGAAACCAAACAAGACCCAAGUGUUCUUGUACUUGGGGGACUGUUGGGGUGCUGUGUGGUUGUGAUUAUCAGCCUUAUCUUCUACAUAAUUGGAAGGAGAGUUUCUGACAGUUCUAAAGCAAUAGGAGGAUCACAUCAUGCUGAACUUGAAACUUCAACUAUUUAUCAAACAAGGAACUUGGACAAAGAAGAGAAUUUGACCUAUGCAGAGGCACUGAAUUUCUCUGCAACAAAUGUGAGAAACUGCAAGAAAGUGAAAACAGAAUGUAUGUAUUCUUCUGUUAGAGCAAAGUCACAAAAACAGCAGCAGCUCUGAUUAGAGCUGCUGCAGUAUUUGCAUCAGUCAACCAAAAGCAGAUUAAAAGAUUAGUCAAGCGCCAAAGAUUUUUGGCGCAAUCUUUAACAUUUUUAAGGAUGUUUGUCUGUUUCUUUGUGCAAGAUAUUUCAUGCCUGCUCAUGUCAACUUGCCAGUUUCUGAAUAUGUCCAUUCUUAUAUUUAAGACCUUCAGCUCACUGAAAACAUAAUUGUUUGAUAUUAACAGGUUAUUUUAGUUAUCACUUGGUGAUAAUAAAAUACAACAUGUCUUUGAAAGUUGAAAAAAAAGCAGUUUGUCAGGGAAACUUGUGAUCUUUUAAAAAUAAUAAACAUUUAGAAAGUUCUGAUUCAACAAUUACAAAACAAUAAAUUACCUGCAAAUAUGUUUUUUGUGAUGUAAAACUGAUUAAAUACUUGAAUGAGAAAGUUUGGUGUUUGUUUUCCAAUCAAUAUAAACUCUGUAAAGUGUUUAUUUUUAGGGCUGAUUUAAAGAGAAGACAUGUCAGUACUUUGCAUUUCUAUUCUAACUUUAACACUUUUGAUUAAAAAUUAGGGUAAAAGAGACUGCAGCAAAAAUGAACAUGAUGGACUUUAUCUUCUCUCACUGAUUGUUUAAAACCCACCACAAUCUUUUAUAUUACAACAUAAGUAAUAAGUAAAGAACAAAUGACAAUUUCAUAAUGAAAUGCUCGAGAAAUUUUUAUGAAUUCACUGUUUCAAACUACGUAUGUCUAAUUCCUCUGUGCUUCAGUGUGAAGCCCAUAUUAAAUGUGACUCUGAAAAUAUCCAUCUUAAUUGUUGCUAGUUUCUUAAAAUAUCAAGUUUCUAAAUCAAAUUUCAAAUUUAUUUGUUCUUAUCUACCAAAUGUCAGACAAUCUGGCAAUAACUUCACUAGAUGAAUACUAGAGGUUUUUCUACAAAUAAAUCUCAGCUCUGGAUUUGUUAAACAAAUAUGCAGUUAAAUGUAAAGAAGAUGAUCUCUACUCACUGGUCAUGUGUUAGAAAAUUUCUUAAUAAAGAUGUUAUUUGUUUCUGAGUAUUAAAAUGUCUUAGAAUGUUUCUUGUGUUUUGUUCUAGUUUCUUUGUCAUAGCGUAUUCAAAUAUUUUAAUAUUAAAGUGUCCUGUACAUGUA